ACCCCAAUAUACACGGAUAAGGAUGGCAUAACUCCAUUGCACUUAGCAUGUUUCAAUGGUCAUGAUAAAGUAGUACAAGUAUUACUAGACCAUGGUGUUCAAGUGGAUGUUCAAGACAAGGAUGGUUUUACUGCAAUUCAUAGUGCAUCACAGGAAGGCUACAGUGAAAUUGUGGAAGUGUUACUAAAGGCUAAUGCUAGGAUUGAUCUCACAAAUAAAAAUGGCAUAACUCCAUUGAACUUGGCAUGUUACAAUGGUCGUGAUAACGUAGUACAAGUAUUACUAGACCAUGGUGUUCAAGAAUAUGUUCAAGACAAGAAUGGGCCAAACUCCAUUGCACACUUAGCAUGUUCCAAUGGUCAUGAUAAAGUAGUACAAGUAUUACUAGACCAUGGUGUUCAAGUGGAUGUUCAAGACAAGAAAGGCUACAGUGAAAUUGUGGAAAUGUUACUAAAGGCUAAUGCUAGGAUUGAUCUCACAAAUGAAAAUGGCCAAACUCCAUUGCACUUAGCAUGUUCCAAUGGUCAUGAUAAAGUAGUACAAGUAUUACUAGACCAUGGUGUUCAAGUGGAUGUUCAAGACAAGGAUGGCAUAACUCCAUUGUACAUAGCAUGUUACAAUGGUCAUGAUAAGGUUGUAAAAGUAUUUCUAGACCAUGGUGUUCAAGUGAAUGUUCCAGACAAGGACACUCUUCUACUCAAAUCUUCGAUAAGAGGUGAUUUGGAAGGUGUGAAAGAAUCACUUGCUAAACAAGCCAAUAUUAACAUUACUACUAAGAUUGGACAGACAGCAUUGAGGAUGGCAGCUUCAAAGAACCAUACAGAUAUUGCACUUCUACUGAUUGACAAUAGCUGUUCUGUUGAUAUUAAAGAUGAGGAUGAUGAAACAGCUUUACACUAUGCAGCCUACAAUAACAAUGUUGACCUUAUUAGGGCAAUUAUGAAUAAAAUGUUCAGAUUGAUGUUAAGAAUAAGGCCAAGUUACUACUUCUGA